AUGGCCGUGUCCGUUAUCGACGAUAAACUACUGGCUACGAGCGGUCUCAUGAACGAACCCCGCUUUCGUCGGUUGAUCAAAUUUCAGACGCGUCGGAGGGAGGCCUUGGUCGGCAGCGAGCUGGAGAUCCGCACUACGACCCGCUACGCCCUCGUGUCUGAAGACAAGCCCAACGUUGGAUUUACCAUUUAUUAUAUGCACAUCCAUCGAGCGUCAGAUACUCGUGGUGAUGAAGACCAGUGGGUGUUGAAGAAGCGCUACUCGGAACUGGAGGCUUUCCGACGUCUUCUUUUCAAGCGCAUCGAAGACUGGGAAUACACAGUCCGCAGGGAAUUCAGUCGCAAGACAUCCGUCGAUAAACUUACGACGUUUGCUGUCAUGUCGAACGCAAUGCGACGCGCCAUUUCUCCUUCAUUCCCGAGGAAGCGCAUGCGACCUGCCAAGCCUGCGGUUAUCAAGGAGCGAACCAUGAGGCUCCCAAACUUUGUGCGAAAGCUGCUCGGCGUUUACACAGAUCUGUCAGUGUACAAGACUAAUAGUUCACUGCAGGCCGGCGGCUUUGCUUCAUCUUGGGCUCAGCUGUGCACAAUUUUCUCUGAGCUUGAGUCGUUUCUCGAAAUUCCACAGCCUCAGAAAGACGCGGAGGUCCAGCGGCAGUCUGCUGUAUUGGCGUUAAGAGACUUCAACGACAGCACAAGCACUAUGGACGAAGAUGCCCAUGAUCAGUCAUGCUCCAUCUGCCUUAACGAGGACCCAGUUACAGACGAAACGAGGCCAGCGGUCGCUUUGCCCUGUGGACACCACUUCCACGAAGACUGUGUGAUCGAUUGGUUCAGCACAAGCAUCACAUGCCCGCUUUGUCGCCGCAGAUCUCAUAUAUGA